UUCUUAUAAAACUGUAAACAAAUUUCAUCAUCAUAAUAACAAAAGUUUUGAAGUGAAAAGAUGCAUAAAAUUGUCUUAUUAUGUUUCCUGGUUAUAAUUUCAUUGAGCAUAGCACAGAAAUUGAAAAAAGGAAAAAAUAGUUUGGCUACUAAAGUUAUUACAGAUGUUGAGAAGUGUCGAAGUUGCAAACGGGAUUUCAAAACCAUAGAGUUGAGGGAUUUGUGUAACGAUUUGUAUUGCAGCAAGGACAAGUCCAGAAGAAACUUGCAAACACCUAAAAGAUGCAAUUCUUGUGCGAAAGAGUUUAAAUUCCAGAAGAAACAACAGAGAUGUAAAGACGUUUUCUGUGCAGGAUCUACGACAGUUGAUCCUUCCACCUUUGCCACAAGAGCACUUGCCUUUACAGUGGAUAUGCUAUGUGCGUACUGCAAGGCUAGAAACAAUUAUAGAUGCCUUGUACAGUAUGGUUGUCAGCGGUAGAAGAGUAUGCACAACAAGACAUAAUGGCUUAUCUUAAAAUAGUUUGUAAACAGUUCGUUAAUCGUAGAUACAAUUUUUCAAAACUUAGCAGGUUUGGUAUUUUUUGUUUAAGUUUUACGCAGUGUGUCGUC